CUUCCCGAGUCUCCACAGCCGUCCAUUUAGCGCAGAAGAGCGAGGAACUUCACCCGGAGAGAACUCAGGGCACCAAAGACCCGUCCCAUCGUCACGCCCCCACCCGCGCUCUUCAAAGAUCCCGGGCGGGCACUAUCUCCUGCGAUUCAUCCCUCUCCCAUCUGACUGACUGUCUGUCUGACUGACUGACUGAUUGUCAUGAAGCGCAGGAGGGAGGUGGGCGAUGGAUCUUCAUCCGAUGGGCCUCAUCCGCCCAAGUGGAAGGCCGUGACGCUGGAUCCACAACUACUCAGCGGGUCAGGGACGAGAUACGCAUCAAGUUCAUUCGUCCUUUUAUUCACUCAUUCAUUCUGUUUGUUGUCAUACUCUCUUGUGUUUACUCUCUUGUGUGUGUGUGUGCGUGUGUGUGUGCAUGUUUGCUGCUGGCUGGUGGCCGUCAUGCAGGCUGCAGGGUGAGGGCUUUUCGAUGCUGGAGGAGCUCGACGAGGGUGAGGCGCCCAUGGUGUUCCAACACAGGAGGGGCACAACCAGGAAAGAGGCCAACGACAAGAAGGGAGCCGCUCGCGACGCCGAUGCUGCUGCUACUGUCGCCGAUGGCCCCUCCAAGAGGAACAGAGAGAUCAAGAAAAAGAAGAAGCCAUCUUAUCGCGAUGAUGACGCUCGGUAAGGCCGUCCCACACCACACCACACCACACCACACAAGCACAAUCACGUCACGGAGGCCAUCAGCGCCUCCACACAAGGCUGAUUCCUCCCCGCCUGUUGCAGCGCUGCUCUGCUGAGAGCUCUCAAAGCCAAGAAGCGCUCUCAGGAGGCGUCUGCUGCCUCCCCCGCACCCGCCCCCGCCCCCGCCCCCGCCCGCCCAUCUGCAGACGACCUGUGGGAAGAGCUUCCGUCACUGCUGGAGCGGCUGCCGGAUUGGGAGUGCCUCGACUACGGCGGAGAGGCCCUGCUGCACCCCGCUGUGCUGAGGGCCCUGCUGGACCGAGGCUUCACCACACCCACACCCAUCCAGAAGGCCACACUCACGCCAGCACUCCGCGACCGCAAAGACAUCGUUGGCGCCGCUGAAACGGUACACACAGACAGACAGACAGACAGACAGACAGGGAGAGGGAGGGAGGGAGGGGUAAGCGUGUCAUCAUUCUUUCUCUGUGUGUGUGUGUGUGUGUGUGAAGGGUUCCGGCAAGACGCUUGCCUUUGGCAUCCCGAUAGUGUGCAGUCUUUUGAUCAGUGCGGACCGCAAGAAGCAGCGAUACAUUGAGAAGAUGCACAAGAGGGCGGAAAGAGGCGAAGACGUCGACAUGGACGCCGAACCCAUGGCUGACGAGCCCAUGCUGCGGUCGCUGGUCGUCCUGCCCUCACGCGAGCUGGCUGUCCAGGUGGCCGCGCACCUGCAGGCCAUCAUGGGUUACACUAACCUUAAGGUGAGCGUUGCGCGCCGCCCACCAGACAGACACUAGCGAUGUCGUUCCGCAUGUGUGUAUGUGUGUGUGUGUGUGUGUCAGUGCGUGUGUGUGGUGGGCGGCAUGGCGGUGCCGAAGCAACACCGUCUGCUGGACCAGAAGCCCCAGGUCCUCGUAGGCACUCCCGGCCGCCUGUGGGCGCUCACCGGAGGACUCAACCCUGCACUCUCGGUAACCUUUCACACACACACACGCACACACACACACACAGAGAAAGAGAGAGAGAGAGAAGUGCGCAUGCACAUUGAUCAGGCCGGUGAGUCGCAUCCGUAUCUGAGCGACCUGAGUGGUGUGCGUCACCUGGUGCUGGACGAGGCCGACCGGCUCAUCGAGAAGGGACACUUCAGAGACCUCACGUCGCUGCUCGACAAACUGUAUACACAGUGCAUGGCCAGAGGUGACCAGCCAGCCGACCACACACACACGCACACGGAGAGAUGAGCCCAAAGGCAGGCCCGCUGUCUGUCUGUCUGUGUGUCUGUCUGUCUUCCUCUCUAUCUGCAGAUCAGCUGCAGGCGUUCGUCUUCUCCGCGACACUUGCAAUGCCGCCGGUCAGACCCGCACACACCACAGAGGAAGAGAUAUAACGCACCACCACAGCAUCACAGCAUCUUUAUGUGUGUGCACACAGCGGCCCGACAAGUCUCUGCCACCCAAGAAGAAGAAGAAAAAGCAGAAGCAGAAAGACCUAUCAGCCACCACCAGUGUGCCCGACGAGGGCUGCCUGGAGUUGCAGCCCCUGAUGGAGCGGCUCCGCCUGCGCCCGAAGCGGCUCUUCACCGUCGACCUCACCACAAGCACACAGGAUAAGACCACUUAUGGUGGCGAGGAUACCGAUGCCGAUGCCGGCAGUGGCGGUCUGGCGGGCGCACAGGGGGGAGUGGUUAAGGUGGAGAGGCAGCGGGUGGACAGAGAGGGGGCUGGGAAGGUCAAGGCGGUGAGAAUGAGACAAGGAGGGUGGGAGGGUGGGAGGGAUGGUGUGUCUGUGGGCUGAAUGUGGGUCUCAUUCAGGGUGUCAAGCUGCCCGAGGGGCUGAUGCUGACGAUGCUCCACUGCGCUUCCAAAGACAAGGUAGGUGCACUGCGUCGAAUCACCCACAGACACAUGCCAUCCCAUCCACGUGUGGCGUGCUCCUUUGUCUGUCUGCUUCAGGAGAUGCACCUGAUGCUGUUCCUCCUGCAGUACUUCGCCAGCAGCCCAAGCGCAUCGUCCGCGUCGCGUGUGCUGGUGUUCGUCAACGCCAUCACCUAUGUCUACCGACUCGACCCGCUACUCUCGCUUCUGCUGCACACCAGCGGCAACCACAGCAACGUCAUGGUAGCCGGCCUCCACGCCAACCUCAAGCAGGCACAGCGACUCAAGCGCAUGGACAGGUGGGGGAGGCUAUAUAGGGGGAUGGGUGGGUGGAUGAUGACUCUGUUUGCUCGUGCCUCGUUGCAGGUUUCGCUCCAGCGGUCGAGGUGUGUUGGUGUGCACCGACGUGGCUGCUCGAGGGCUGGAUUUGCCGCAGGUGGAUGCCGUGAUCCACCUCCAGCCGCCAAGGGACCCGCCCACGUUCGUCCACCGCAGCGGCAGAACCGCUAGGGCACUCAGAGAAGGUGUGUGAGAAGUCCCGCUCGACUCGAUACAAUACCCCGCAUGGAUGUCAUGUCUUCGGUCGUUGGCGCGCAGGUCUGUGCGUGUGUUUCUGCGGGCCUGGCGACGUGACUCACUGGAACCGCAUAUUCUCUGCCAUUGGCCGCGACCCCAGACAAGCGCCGCCCCCACCACAGAUGGCCGCCGUCACAUCCCGAGAAAUUGCAGGUGGGCAAUCCUUUGUUCAAUCGCAUGAUGGAAAGAACCAAACCGGCCUGAAUGUGUUUGUGUGUGUGGGCGGCCAUCCAUCCAUCCAUCCAUCAGAUGGUCGGCGCGUGUUUGCCCUGGCCAAUGAGAUAGAGAAGGCGGAGCACAAGGUGAGGGAACAGAGGAACAUACGAGCCGCAACAGCGUCGAUAAGUCGAUAUGUUUCUCGUUCAGAUGAGCAAGGAGAAGAGGGAGAAGUCCUGGAUGCAACGCACGGCAGAGGAGGUGGGUCAGCCAGCCAGGCAGGCAGGCAGACAAGCAGGCAGCCCAUCUAUGACACACGCCAUAUCCCCCCCAUCCCUCAAUUCCUUCUCUUCCUUCAGGCCGAGUUGCCCUGGAACGAUGACGACCACGGCGGCCAAGACGAUUCCGAUGACGAACUAUCGGUGGGUGAGUCAGUGAGCUGAGCGACUGCACUACGGUGGCACGUGUGUAUGGGUGUGUCCUUUCAGACGAGUGAGAGUGCGCUUCGCCGUCGAUUGUCCGAGCGGAGGGCGCAGCUGGAAGCCGAGCUGGAGAAGCUCUGCACGCAACUCGCCUAGCUACCCAGAGAGAGGCCGAGGGUCUGUUCCAUCCUGUGGAUUGAUUGGACCAUAGUCAGAUUUCGAUCCGUUCGUUCAUGGCUGAUGUCCUCUGUCGGACACACGAUGCGCAAAAACACCUAAGUAAUCUAAUGCGAUCGUGGUG